AUGGAGGAAUUGCUCCAAGAUAUAUUCAAGGAAGCUACAGGAGUGAAAUUCACGGGUCUUAGGAAAUCUUGUCAGGAUGCACUAGAGUUACUUUGUAUACAAGAAAGUAACGCACGCCGACCCUCGUACGAGUUACGUCGAACAUGCCUACUACCACUGCAAACUGCGCUCGAGACCAAACGCCCACGACUUGUUACAUUUGCCCUGCAGGGUUUCCAUAAAAUCCUACGCGAUGAUAGAUUUCAUCGAGGAAUCGAACCAGAAGAUGAUUCGCUGUGGAUGCCCUCGCAACUGCUAUGCGCAACAGCUUCUGUCAUGUAUCACUUACCUGAUACACAGGUGCAAAUAUUCCGCAUGUACCUGUCUCUUGCUCUGUCUCCUCGACGUACACUGAAUGGUCGUCUAUGCGUAUGGGCGUGUGGACGUUGUGGUGAAGCAGCAGCUGGUCCACCCCAUGUCGCUGCCGCUGCCAGGGCUGCUGCUGCUCAGGCCCUCAGAGCUUAUUGCGCACAGUUAGAUGAGGAAUGCCAAGAGCUUCUUUCGGAGGGCUCUCCGUUAGGUAGGAAUCACAUCGUGGCUGUGGGAUGCUACAGUGAAGUCAUCCCUGUCAUACAAUAUUUAUGCAGUAGGCUGUCGGAAACGGAACUGACACCAAAACAAAACCCUUUGGCUCUCUUCUUCCUGGACUGCUUGUUGACCCUAAUGUCUAGUCUGUCAGAGCGAGUGAGCGCUAACUCACAUUUCACAACAUUCCUCUGGCAGAAGUUCUGUCCAGCACUCAUUUCCUUCCUCGGUACUCCAAGAGUGGACAAAAAUAUAAAAUCCAGGGAGCACGAAGGUCAUUUAGUAGACGACUCGGGCAGAGGUUCAGGUGCUUUGAACUCGGCACCUAGUUUUAACAGCAAACAAGCCAAAGCUAUUUACAGCAUCGCAAACCAGCUGGUGCGCUUAGUGGGAUCCACAUCGAAUCUCCGGCCUGUUCUAGAGGCUCUGUAUCAUAGAAUGUUGCUGUACCCACCCGUAUCACACCGAGUGGAACCAUUGAGGAGCACGAGAGAACUGCUACAGAAUCCAAAACGACUUUGUCAAUUAGUACUGCUUAAGAAAGUCGAUCAUCAUGAAAGGCACAGUGAUGAUAUGGCGAUAAUUCGACUGAUCAUGGACGGCAUAGAAGAGUGCGGUCGUAGUGGCAAUCCAGAAGUAGUAGCUGCAGCUGUAGAGUGCGUAGUCUCUCUGCUGGAUGCUCUAGAGAAGCUGUGUACAGGUUCUGUCGAAUACUUGACUCCAGAGCUAGCGUCACUUAUAUUGGCGCAUUGGCCGAAGCUGCACGAUGCUGAUUAUACUGGACCGCUCACUUACCAAACUUUGGCAAGGUUACCUAGUCCCUACAGAGAUGUAGUAGCUGUUUUACAAAGCAACGAAACAAAGGAGCAUGAUUCAUCAGAUACAUCGGGACCAGAGAACGUGAGUUCAGGGAGUGAUGGCGAAGCAGAUUCUGACGCAGAUAACGUUUUCCUACCAACCCGAGCUAGCAACCCCACUUCUAACAAUAGUGAUAGAAAUAACAUAAACAAUACAUCCAGGGCUGUGCCUAAAACGUUAAAUCUAGGAAGGUGCACCAUAACUGAAUGCAAUGUGGAUCUAGAAAGGCAUAACGCAAGACAAUUCGUCAAAACGCUGCAAAAUACAUUGCUACCAAGGUUAUUGAAUCUCCGAACAUGUAUUGAGGUGGAUGAAGCUAUGCAAGAAUUUGCUUCAAAAUGUUGCCAACACAACGCAGCCCAGCCGCCGGCUACCGCUUGCAUCAUGAACGCCGAUGGUGUUUAUCUUGCCACAUACGCAGCAUUACUGCUUACUCUCAAACAGCGCAGAACUAAUUACUACAAUCAGUCUGCCCAGAAAGUCCAAGUAUCUAUGACAGAAGAUCAGUUCGUUGAAGAAGUUCAAGGCAGUGGAGUAUUAGUAUAUUUAUCAGCGACUUGGUUACGGGAACUUUACCAACAAGUUCUCGCCACUGAUUUACUUAAAGAAGUUCCUACGACUGACCAUCCACUCAUACAUUUGCUAUCAGAUCUCGGUGGAUUAGACCAAAGCCCAGUUAUGUCAGACUGGCAGAAACUGAAAGAGGUAUCCUUAUUUUACAACAACACCAACGAUUCGCCUCAAUAUCAAGCCUGCUUACGUUGGGCCAGAAGGAUCCUGACGUGCAUUUGGGACUCCAUGGUAACAGUUUUAAGUGUGCCGUUAACUGGAUAUAGAAACAGAAAACAAAAACUGCAUGGAAUGAUCUCAAAGAAAAUCAACACUUUUGGGAAGAGGAAGCGGAUCGCUUGGGAGGGAUUGACUAUUCAAUGCCUCGAAGGACUCCACAAGGCAGCUAGAGUGAGCAACACAUUGAAUUUACAAGCUCGAUGUAGCAGCAUACUGGCUUUGCUUGCUAAUUCUGCAAUAUCACAACCACCCAAUGGGAAGAUAUUAUCUACACAUGCACUGUCUUUGGACAUUUUGAUUACUGGUGGUUUGGAACUCGGUUCAAAAGCACCGGAAUGUUGGGAGCAUAUAUUCGCUGCUUGUCAAUAUGUUUCGAGCUUUGAACAUUCCCUAUUCGGCCAGCAAGGCAAUAACGCUACACCAAUAGUGGCCAUGCAGACUGGCAGGAAUAAGACUGUUUCGAUACUACAAGCUGACGCGAAGUUAGGAUUGGAUGGGAAAGACGAUGAGACGUGUGUGGAUGUCUUCAAUUUCUUACAGCCAGUACUUGAAAAUAAUUUAAAUAACGAUAUGUCAGUGGCAAAGAUUGUAGAAGCCUGUCGACAAGAGGGUGGGAACGUGAUCAGUGGCGCUGGCGCGGCGCGUGUGUGCUGCGCGCUGUCAGCGGCGGCAGACGCGCUGUUCUCGCGGCUCGCUGCCACCACCACGCUACCCGCGCUCAGCGCCGCCUUGCAGAGACUCGUCGCACACCACCACCGACUGCUGUUCUCCACGUGGGACCAAGAUGAGACGAACAAUAACGUGUGGUGGUGGAGACGCGGCUCAGGCGCCAGCGCAGCGCGGGGUGGGGGAGAAGCGGCGCGCGCUUUGUGCCGCGCCGGAGACGUGGCGCUGCGCUGUCUCAGAGCUGCGCGGCCGCUGGCACAUCGUAUGGGAAUAUGGACUGUCGUAGGGCCACAUUUUAUGCAGGCGGCCUGCCACAAGGACAUCCAAAUUGCAAGUCUAGCAAUACAAUGUCUACAUGAUUGCGCAACUGCGUUACUGAACCAACAGGUAGAACUGCCACAUUUUCACUUCAACGAAGCGUUGUUGAAGCCCUUUGAGAACCUUUUGUGCCUAGAGCUUUGUGACGAUGACAUACAGGAACAAAUCAUAUCAUGCAUAUGCGAAUUCGUUGAGACCAAUAGAAUGGAAAUAAGGUCUGGAUGGCGACCACUAUUUAAUACUCUCCGAGCUGCUAACAAUUCUAAUCAAUACUCGGCUAUUUUAGAAAUAUUUAAAGUAUUCUUAAGUACGGAUAACACACUAGUAUUUGCUAAUGCUGCACUAGACUGUAUACUAUGCCUCUUAAGUCAUAUCAAAGGACUCCAUUAUGAAGAUGUUCAAGGUAAUGAAGUGAAACCAAAGAAAGCUACGUCCCCAGUCCAACCAAAGCCAAGCUUGGCUCUAAAAUUUUCCAAAAACAGUAAGUUUAUUCCACUCAGCGAGGAAAAAUCAGAAAAAGUUAUAGUAGAUAUGUGUAGGGAAGCUUUAUAUCACCUAGAAAGCUGCGCGGAUAUCUUGACCAUGAUGUAUAAUAUGCCAAAAUGUCCAAUCUUUAAUACUGGAACCCGUAUUAAAGGUGACAUGCCUUUAUGUGUUGUUGAUCCUAUAAUACCAAGUGGAUCCUUAGACAUCACAAAGUUUAUUACAAAUGAACACUAUGAAGAAGAUUUGAUUUCCUAUAGAAAGUUAUCCACAAGUCUUCCUCCUACAAACACAACUAACAACUGUCUUUUGAAACUCGAUAAGCCUAGCAACAUAUUGAAAGUAUGGUAUGUAUUAAUUGAAGGAUUAAUUUCGGCUACUGUGGUAUGUUCUAAGAAAAACCAACCAGCAGCCAUGGAAACUUUAUUUAAGUUGCUAAGAAAUAUAGUCGAUGUACCUGGCACGCAUUUUGGUCUUCACUGCAUAAAUCAUCUUCUUCUACCAACAGUACAGAACUGGUUGCGUCAAAUAGCUAACGUCAAUACACACUGGGACAGUGUAAUGCCGAAUUUCAAACAAUGUUGUGGCAUGACCACUGACACAAUUGUUAUUUACUUGCAUCAUUUACAAGCAAUAAAUGUAGAAAGGUCAACAGUUAUAGAAAAGGACGAAGAAGAAAUAGAACCCAUUGAAAGUCCGGAAGCUACAUUUGCUUUGAAGCAAAUCAUGCUUAUUCUAGUAGAAUGCAUUGCUCAGCCGCAAGAACCCAUUGCUCGAUUAGGUGCAUCCUGUAUAAGGCAUAUUAUUUUGACAUCAGGCCACCUAUUAACUGAUAAUCAAUGGGAAAUUGUUUGUACAAGUCUUCACAGAGCUUGUAAUGUGAGCUUGACACCUCUCAAACAACUGACGUAUGCAUUCAAAGAAAAUUCAAAUAGUUUCUAUGGGGAUUUAGCUAUCGUCAAAGUAGCUGCAAGGCGAGACUGUUCAGUAAAUGAUAAUGUAAGACUCCAUGCUAUGGCGCAACAAGUAUUUCUAACAGAACAAAUGAAAGGAGAUGGUCACGUUAAAGUAACUCCCAAGAAUUCAUCUCAGAACUUAAUGCUAAUUGAUGAUAGAAGCUACAUAUUUUUAAUUUACCUUCAAGAGUCCAUCAAUUCUCUGAAUCCAGAGUUCUAUACUUGCAGAAUACCCCACAGAGGGUUGGUUGUUGGUUUAUUGGCACAUCAAAUACUCAUUCAAAUCAUUGCAACAGUCCUCAUUCAGGCUUCGUCAGACAUAUUUCAAGGCAUUAACGGCAUUUUACUAGAAAGUUUGAAAACAGCCUCUAACGUUUGCAACUAUAAAUUCUUCCUAAACUGUGACAAUACGGAUUUAUUGCUAAAAGCACUGGAAUUAUCUUUUACCAGGGCAUUGCAAUUUGAUUCAAGACCUGGAUUAAAGUUCCUUGUACAAAAAGUAUCAAAUUUAGAUCAUGCUGCUAAUUUAUAUAAGCAAACUACUUCAGCUUGGCUUAUUAAAAUAAUUACCCUAACUGAAAUAUUUUUUAGCAGUAUUAACAGAUUUAAAUUAAAAUCAACUGAUAUUUCCAUAAUACUACACAAUUACACAACGACCCUAAAUAUGACGCUUGAAUACGAUCAAUUUGUAACCAAGAUUUUUGAUUUGAAAAAUACUUGGGAGUUGCUCUGUCAUAAUUAUGUAAAACACAUGAUUAGCAUAUCAGAUUUUGACGACCAUGAAUUUAAAGACAGGGUAUCUUGCAGUUCAGAGGAAAGUAAUUCAUCAUCAAAUCAUUACGAACAAUUUUGUAAAGAAGAACCAGAAAAAACUGAUGAUUUACUAGUGAUUAGCGGUAAAUUUGCCGAUGUCAGUGACGAAAGUGUGAAGAAACCAAAACCGUUUACAUUUGCCGAUUUUAAAACAAGUAGUCAAAGGUCAAUAACCGUAGAGGUUCACAGUGAAAAACCUCCAUCGGUUAUUGGAGAAACGGAAAAUAUCGAGUCCCCUGAAAUGGAUGCACCUAAUGACGAUUCCUUAGAGACGAACUUUGACAAACCCGUAACAAUAAAAACUACUCAAGAAUUAGAACAUAAUAAAGAAAAUUCAGGCCGUCUAAUGAAAGGAAGCGUAACAGAUGUUAUCGAUAAUCACAUAGAUACUAGUAAAGUAAAUAUUACGAUAUCUGAUGGACCAACAUUUGAAAAGAUUAAAAAUAUUGAACCAUUAUUGCCACCGCAACCUGUGCCACCUGAAAUAGAACAGCAACGAGCUUUGAGUAUCAAUAAGGAUACUGAAAUCCAGCGACAAUGUUUUCAGAAUAUUUUGAUGGCUUUUUUGGAAUUGGUAUUGACUUUUUCGUUGGAAAGAUUUCAACUCAUACAUCCAGUAUUACAAAAUGGAUUCGCACAACUUGCUAAGACAGUAACGGAUCCUCAACUACUCGAUAGGAUUAAUAUAUUUUUCGAUAAAAAAGACUUAUCUGAAAUGAAUUAUAAAUGA